AUGAGGGGAUGCCUCACAUGUCGUCUGCGCCAUCUGAAAUGUGACAAAUCUGGCUUGAAAUGUCUGCGUUGCCAAAGAUCUGGCCGCGAAUGUGUGCCGGCUCCCGGCAAAUCUGAAGAGGUUUCGUUUCGCCAUGGCCAGAAUCCGUCCUUACGAGGAAAGGGGCCCCCGAGGUAUGGCGAGAGUGACCUCGCUUUCCCCGAUGAUCAAGUUUGGGUUGAAACAUCUUGCGACUUCGACUUCAAGGAUGAAACAGAUCAGACGGCAGCUGAAUAUCAUGUUGUACCGGUGACAAGGCAACUGUCAGAUGCAAGAUCAUCCUCAGAAGAUUCCACUCCCUCGUCCACGACGAUGGAUUCUUCUCUGACGACUCCAAAUCUCACGAUUCCUCGCACAAGCUAUUUCGACUCGAGAUCUAAUUCAGGCACUCCGCGCUCUGCGACCACCCCUAUCGGUCAAGCCAGAGUAACUAAUGUCAGCGAAGCAUAUUUGCUUCGCCAUUUCCAAAAGUACCUUGCUCCUUGGCUCGACGCAUGCGACCCCGGCCGCCACUUCUCAACAGAUGCCGUCCAGCGCGCAACUCACUCCCCACUACUCCUCUACGCAUGCCUAGCAGUCUCGGCAUGCCACUUAUCCAGAACAACAAAUUCCAUCUCCCCAGAUGUCGCCCACGCCUACCACGACCGCUGCAUCUCAAUUAUGCUCCCAGUCCUCGACAAGCCCGAAUCAGACAUCGGCAUCGACAUCCUGCUCCCGUCGACCGUCAUUCUCCGAUUCUUUGAAUCAAUCUCCAGUACGCGUGCCUCGACUCUCAUCUUUCUUCUCCCACAGCCCCCCUACGACGUCCAGCGCCACCUCCUAGCCGGCUCCGUCUACAUCAGCGCGCAUGUAGACUGCGCAAUCUCAGGCGGUCUGGCCUCCGCCUCGUUUUGGGUCUUCGUCAUCCAAGAUAUUCAAUUCGCCUUAACGUACCAGAAAUGCCUGCGGAUUACCUUCGCCCCCUUCGACGAGAGCCUGCGCCGCUGGUGGGGCGCUAAGACUGUUCUCUCCGACGGUGACUGGACUAAUCGUGCUAUCUGGCUGCUCGCUGAGACUAUUGACUUCUGCUAUAAUAUCUCUGGCCGUAGCCAUGAUGGUCGGUUAGGGAGUCUGGGCGAGAGCGCGCUGAGGAGGCGGAUUCUUGAUUGGGAGCUUGGGAGGCCGGAUUCUUUUGCGCCAUUGCAUUUGUCGGCUCCGGAUCCUGGGAGGGGGAAGCCUUUUCCUGUUGCAUGGUAUACGAGUUUGUGGCAUGCGACUGCUAUUCAGCAAAUCUGCAUGGCUAAGGCGCUGAUGCUGAUUCGCGAGUUGGAGUUCUAUGAUCGGAGCCUGCUGCAUUUGGAGCAGCCGAUGCAGCUGAAGGCCGAUCUCGCCGAGAAUCUCAACUUCAUGUUCGGCAUUGCUGUAUCUGCCGAGGAUGAACCUUCACUGCGUAUCACAGCCUGCCAUGCGCUCUUUGCUUGUAUCUCGUGGGUUGAAGAUCCCCUUGUGCAGAGUCAGCUGUUUGAUCUGCUUCGUCGCACAGAACGGGAAAACGGCUGGCCGUGGGGUUAUGUGCAAGAGCAAGUCAUGCGGGCUUGGAGACCGGUGUAG